GUGAAGUUCCCAGUUCCCAGUUAGCAGAUAGCAGUUAGCACUUAGCUUCAGGAGCUAAAUGUAAAUGCUCCGCUACUCUAACUCCGACCGGGCCUUCCCGCUCCGUGUCGCCCUGGACAGGUCGCACAUGAAGCGGUUCAGCAUCUUGAAGAUGGCGCUGUGGGGCUCCGGGGAGUCGGAGCCCGGCGGCCGGGAGGAGACCUACCUGUACCGGGCGCUGCGGAUCGCCGCGGUGGUGGCUCUGUACUGGUUCAUCUCUAUCACCAUGGUGUUCCUCAACAACUACCUGCUGGACGACAAGGAGCUGGACGCCCCGCUGUUCGUCACCUUCUUCCAGUGCCUGGUGUCCGUGGUGCUGUGCGGCUUCAUGCAGCUGCUGGCCCGGCUGUGCCCGUGGCUCAUCGACUUCCCCCCGGUGCGGUUCGACCUGAAGACGGCCCGCGAGGUGCUGCCUCUGUCCGUGGUCUUCAUCAGCAUGAUCACCUUCAACAACCUGUGCCUGAAGCACGUCGGCGUGGCCUUCUACACGGUGGGUCGGUCCCUGACCACCGUGUUCAACGUGCUGCUGUCCUACGUGAUCCUGAAGCAGACCACGUCCCUGCAGGCCGUCGGGUGCUGUGGCGUCAUCCUGGGUGGAUUCUGGCUCGGUGUGGACCAGGAAGGUGUAGCAGGGUCCCUCUCCUGGUCGGGGAUCGUCUUCGGGGUCAUUGCCAGCGCUUGUGUCAGCCUCAACGCCAUCUACACCAAGAAGGUGAUGCCCUGCGUGGACGGAAACAUCUGGAAACUGUCCUACUACAACAACAUCAACGCCUGCGUCCUCUUCCUGCCGCUCAUGCUCGUCUUCGGAGACUUAGGUCGUCUCUACAACUACACCCGGAUCUUUGACCCCGGCUUCUGGGGCAUGAUGAUCUUCGGAGGAGUGUUCGGUUUCGCCAUCGGCUACGUCACGGGUCUCCAGAUCAAGUUCACCAGUCCGCUCACACACAACGUGUCGGGGACGGCCAAAGCCUGCGCGCAGACUGUCAUCGCAGUGGUGUAUUACUCCUCCAGUAAGAGCCUGCUGUGGUGGACCAGUAACAUGAUGGUUCUCGGCGGCUCGUCGGCCUACACGGUCGUGAAAAGUCGAGAAAUGAAGGGCACCCCCCAUAAAGAGCCUGAGGACUCAGCUAAAGAGAAACUGCUUCCAGAGGAGGAAGACGGCGUUGGAGUUUGACCACCGGCUGAGAAGAGUGGUGUAAUAAUGUGAUAUGAUGACUAGGGUUGCAAAAUUCCGGGAAUAUUCAAAGUUGGAAACUUUCCAUGGGAAUAUACGGGAAUAUACGGGAAUUAACGGGAAUUAACGGGAAUUAACGGGAAUAAACUGGAAAUGUUGUGGGUAAUUUAUACUAACUGUAUUUACCUUGUCAUAUACAGACAUAAAUAUAAACAUUUUGUUUUUUCAUAGGCUGAUUUGAGCCCUGAGGAAACUUUGGGCACGUGACUAUAUGCUUCUGCAUCGUUGUGUCAUUCUUAACAUAGGUCUUUGCACAGUAUUUGCAAAUGUACACAGCCUUUCCUUCUACAUUGGAUGGGGUUAAAUGUCUCCACACAUGAGAUAGUGCACGUGGCAUUGUUCUGUAGAAUAAAAUGAGAAAAAAGUUUGUAAAAAAACACUAAUGCAAUGCCAGAGAUAUAAACAGUUAGCCAAACAAUUGGAAUCGUCUGUAAACAUAUUUUACAAUUGAUGGAUAAGUGAAUGGAAAUAGGCUAGAUGAACAGAUGAACAAUCCUCAAUCAGCAUGCUAAUAUAUUUUCCCCAGUAAUAUCAUUGAAACUUACCUGACUAGUCCUGCACACUACAGCAGGCCUCAAUAGCCCUGCUGUAGUGUGAAGGAUGCUGGGAGUUAUCUGUGCAUGUGAUGGAAGAAUGCACAGUGGAGGGUUGAAACUCAACGUUCAGCGUGUGCUGCAUUCCAUACAUCUUUAAAAUAGAGUUUUGAAUGAUGUUUUUAUUGCUCACAGUUUAAUUUCCGUAUAUUAUUUUUUUUUCAAAAUUCCCGAGCUUAACUUCCCGUGGAAAGUUUCCGGAAAUUUACCGGAAACUUUCCGCCCCUUUGCAACCUUUAAUGAUGACACAGUAAUAAUGUGAUAUGAUGUGAUACUUUUCCUUCGUGGAAUCAGAGUGGGUUUUGUGGGUCUUCUUUUUUUUUGUAUACACCUUAACUCAAGGUGUAAAGGAAUUUGUACAUAUUAAAUUAAAGCUUCAUAUUCAUUUGAGGCCUCUUUUAAAUAUUUUUUUAAUAGAGAAAAAUACAAAUGUUUCUUUAUGGGUGUAAGCUACCAGUGAAGAAAAGUAUAUGAAGUUUUUUUUAUUCGGGGUGGGAAAAUAUUAAGACGGUAUGUUAAAAUCGCUAUUUAAUUCAGAUUGUUAUAUUUUUAAUAGAAGGGAUGUUGAACAUUCAAAUUGCAGUUAAUUAUGAAGAAAGAAUGUAACAAUCAUGUGAACGAUUUGACCGCUGUUCUAUACAUUUAUUAGAUAUCGCAAUUAUGAAUAAAACCAAUGUUUAAUUGCUUGUUUUUUACAAAGGUUUGCAAAGUUUGUGUAGCUGCUGCAGAUCUUAGUAGCUGUCCUUAUUCUACUGGGGCCUCAUUUAAGGAGGAUCUCAGUGGGAGUUCUUACUGUGCAUGUACGUUGUUUGGUUAUUAUCAAUGAGUCUCCUAAUGGAAUAUUCCUCCGGGCAAGAUGGAGGGUUGAACAUAGCUCAGGGCACCAGGGGUAAUUACAAGAGCUGAGAACCACUGCUCUCUGAUGUCAGGAGCUCGUUUCAACGGCGAGUUUGGCCUCAUGACAUAAAUUAAAGUUUUGUAACUGUUAGAAUUAGGACACAUGAUCUCCCAGGCGUCCAUCUUUCUCAUGAUCAGUGUCGAGUCUAAGACUUUGAUUCAAAGGUUUCAGGAAUCAAAAAGAACCCACUCGUG